CCGGUUUGUUGCCACUUCAGUCCUUCGCUGUCGUGAUGCUCGGGUGAUGGGGGGACGUGUCACACGUCUCGCCGACUAGGCGCAAAGGCUACUCUUUUGGUUGGUUGAAUAUAACGCAUGGUGUUAUUUCAUUUGUAAGCCUGUCUAAACUAUAGUCGUGUGGCAAGCUAAUGCUAAUGUUUAUAAGGUUGCUCGAGAGUUAGCUAAGUUAGCUAGCAAUCUUCUCGACACUAUUCCGCGACAAGUCACAAUUUAGCGUCUUCGCUUUCACGCAGUCCAGCUGACAUGGCACACAGGAAAGAAGUAUUCCAGUCCAAGGUACUCCAGAAGCUUUACCCUGCAGCCCCUAAAUUGGAGAAGGAACUCUCCCCAUCAUGCAUACUAGCAGAUGCUUUGGUAAAGAAAAAACAAGUGAAAAGAAAAACUCAGCAGGAUAUUCCUCACAGUAAUGCAACAAUGACACCAAGUGCAGCCAUUCGAAGAAGAAAAAUGUACACGGUUCUACCGCCUCCUGAAGACUUUGAUGCAGAAUCGGUGAAAUGUGUUACAUUAUCAAAGCUUGAGAGCACAAAGAGUGGGGAGGGCCCAUCUGAAUUCUGGAAAACGUUGCGUAAUGUAGAACAUGACAUACAGGAGUGCAGUCAAGAGCUUGACCAAGAGGUCGAAACAAAUGAACAGAAAAGAAGAAGGAAGAGAAGGAAAGGGAGACUAAACCUUCAUGCGGAUAAAGACGGCACAACUUCAACAAUAGUGUCGAGUUUUGUUCAGAUUGGGACGCUGAUGGAUGAGGAAGGAGUGCGAAUGAGCCGGAACAAGAAAAGGAAACUGAAGAAGAAACGGCACAAAGAGAAAAUGCUCUCAAUGGGUUUGAUGCCUCGGGCUUCUGCCCUGGAGUUCACAUACCAAAGAGAAAAUGAGGAAGAUGAAGAGGAGGAGGAGAAGGAAGAAGAAGAUGGGAUGAGAGCUGCUGAGGUGGCAGAUUUCCUCAGGACCACAAUGGAAAUCUAUAAGUCAGACUCUUUCCUGCACGGGGAGAAGCUUCCUCACCUGCCUGGCGUGUUGGAGGAUCUUUUGAGCGGCAUCGCCAGCGGAAGCAAGCCCGCCCCUCUCUUGAAGCAUCUUCACAUUCUCAAGCGAUGUAUUCAACACAAGGACACAGACACACUGGGAAAGGCACUGCAGGACCUCAACAACAAUACCCUGAUGUCCGCAGACCCAGGCCUACCACAAUGUGUGUGUGGUACGUCCACCCGAGAAGACCAUGCCUGGCAUGGCUAUGCUUCUCGGCGCCGUGGGGAUCGGCAUGUGCGGGUACAGCUCCAGGCAAUUGGCUCUCAACCAUCGACCUUCCAGCCGUGUGCUGCAGAGUGUUGGCUCACGUACCGAUGCUAGCACGGCAGGCGCAGCGGCGCUCAGGAGCCCCUUCCUGGAUGCUACUCGCAAGGCUGGAGCCUGCCAGGAGAUCCCACCUGCCUCCUUUGUGGCCCAAAAGUUUGUUUAAAAGAAGCUCAUUGGUCCGGUAAAGAUUGGCCACGAUGGGAUGACUUUCAGUAACCACACUGUUGCGUGUUAAAGAUUGUAGCUAUGCUGGCCCAUUGUGUAAAUGAGGCCCAUGUGCUCUCUGAUGACAUGGAAGUGGAGUUAUCUGAAUAGUCAACCUUUGUUGGCGGAACGUUGAAUGUUUGAUUAGUUCUCCGGAGUCCUUGUAGUUCUUUAAAAUGUGUUUUCCUCUCUCACAGCAGUGCGAUAGUCAGUGACUAUGUGAGUACUCUGCCGUUUAAACGCUGUAUACUGAUAGCAGAAGUACUGAAUGGAGUAACUAUAGAUUUAAUUUCGAGUCCUUUGAUGAAAUUGAUUGAGGAAUGGCAGUGAUCCUUCAAACACAGCUGGUAUGCUGAAAGUUUCUUAAUGGCAUCGCCACCCCAAGCGGAAGUAAAAGUACAGGUCAUUUGGCAGCCCGUCCCAUGAUACCUGUGACGAGAGAGGCGCUAACUAACCUUGAACAAAGCCUUUAAGUAAAACAACCAAUUAAGGACAAUGUGGAGGUCAGUGCUUGGCAUUGUGACUCAAUUACAACCCCCCUAAGAAUAGGCUACUAAUUGAGUCACAAAGCUUGGUCAGAAUGAUGAAGUAAAGCACGAGGGAGCAGCGCUUUGUUGAUUAUGCCAGAUUAUGGGAUGGUGGCACGCAAGGUGGGUAUCAGAGUCUAAAAUCUGCAUUUUCUAUACCAAUUAACUCACACAGGUGGGAAGCCACACUCUAAAUUUAUGUGGUUUAGAGUCCUUCCAUUCUAGCCCAUCAUAGACAGACAGACCCUGUGCCCCCAAACCGUACCUUUCUCCCUGCAACGCCCACCAUUUGUCUCUCUGCACGCAUGGGUGUGAAUAUUACAGCAUUGGUGUCUGUGUUCAACCACCCAAAAGUUGCAAAGAGAAAUGGAUGCAAAUUGGCGAGGCAUUGAGCGUGGUUGAGAAUGUGUGCUGUGCCUUAGGGAGAGCACAGGGUCUAACUGUGAAAUGGUUAGAAAUAAAGUUGCCCCCCCCCCCCUUGCUGAAAAGCAAAUCUUAUUUGUGACAGGUUGGGGGUUAAUUUAGAAAGACAAUCAUCAACCUUUUCAACUCAUGCAAAGGGAUUCCAAAGAAAAAAAACUAAAACUAAUGUUGGUUCUGCUGAGGGAGAAUCUGUACUACAUGCACGUAUAGUAUGUCCUACUUUUCCGACUGGACACAGAACCACAUUCAUGUCAGGAGAAUGCUCUCUCCGGAGUGCAUAAUCAAUAUGUGGUGGGUUGCACAUUGUUUUUAGUCGGCAUUGCACUAUUGCAUAUUGAGCACGGAGCUUAAAGAGAACCCACUGAUUUCAAUUUUUUGAUUUCGGAAGGAGGAGAAGACGACUUGGAUCACACCUCUAUGCAGGAAAAACCUUUUGACUCGCCACUGUUAUUAAGGAUUACUGCCCAAGAUGUGCACUGCAAAAAGGGAAUCCUGUAUAGAGUAUUGGCAAUUUCUGGAUUCCCAACAUGUUGUAUGGGUUAAAUUAUAUUAACUCCAUAGAUUUAUAAUGUCUGUGAACAAACAUGUCACCUGGUCCAUUGAAAUGUCAGUUUUGCUCCGUUCGUGAUAUAAGUGAGAUGUAAUGAAAACAAUUAAUGUAAAAUAAAAUAUUUAGCAAAUUCCA